GUUCUAAUGAGCGAUGAGGACGCACUGUGAUGUUUGCGAUUACGGACGUUUCCAUUAUAUGAAAGUUUCCUUUUGUUUUGUUCAUCCAUUCUGACAGAAGCAGUGAGAUUUAAUUCCAUCAGCAGCAAAGACCAGCCUCACUUCCCAAGAUGGAUAAGUUUCGUAUGAUGUUCCAGUUCCUCCAAUCCAACCAGGAGUCUUUCAUGAACGGGAUCUGUGGCAUCAUGGCACUGGCCAGUGCACAAAUGUACUCUGUCUUUGAGUUCAACUGCCCCUGUAUGCCAGAAUACAACUACUCCUAUGGCAUAGGAUUGCUUAUCAUCCCCCCUGUGUGGUUCUUUAUGUUAGGCUUUGUGCUGAACAAUAAUGUGUCAGUGCUUGCCGAGGAAUGGAAGAGACCGACGGGCGACAGGAGGAAGGAUUCUUCAAUCCUCCGCUACAUGUUCUGCUCAGUCACACAGAGAUCCUUGAUAGCACCUGCAGUUUGGGUGUCAGUCACCCUCAUGGACGGGAAGAGUUUCGUCUGUGCCUACAGCAUCAACUUGGACAUAGACACGUUUGGGAAUUACAGUAUUCUUCGGGGCUUGUCCGAGGUGGAGAGGAUGAGAGUCCUGGCAAAGAUUCCCUGCAAAGAACUGUUUGAGCAUCACGAAUUACGAGUUGCAGCAUCGAGAUACAUCAAGUGUAUAUCACAGGCCUGUGGAUGGAUAUUUUUGCUCAUGAUGACCUUCGUGGCCUUCCUGAUCCGAGCCAUUCGACCGUGCUUUACCCAGGCUGCUUUCCUCAAGACCAAGUACUGGUCCCAUUACAUCGACAUUGAGCGCAAGAUGUUCGACGAGACCUGUAAGGAGCACGCCAAGAGCUUUGCCAAGAUUUGCAUCCAGCAGUACUUUGAGGGCAUGAGCGGUGAGAUGCCCGGCUUCCACCGCCAACGCAGCUGCGCCAACGACAGCGACGAUGAGGACGAAGACAAGAAGAAAAGUGACGAGGAGAAGCUCCUGGGCAUCAGGGCACAGGAUGACAUGAAUAAAGUGCUGUGGAAUUGGCACACCUGUAAGCCUGCGCUGGCUCUGAGAAAGGAUCAAACGGAUAUUGAAAACAAUGGCACAGUAAACGGAGAGGCCAAUGGAACGCUCAAUGGGUUUGCAAACGGACACGCUCACGAAGUGAAGAAAAAGGAGUGGGCAGUGUACUACAGUAAGGUGUGA